AUGGCGACGUCUACCCUCCUCGCGGCCCAUUUCUGCGAUCCAUUCUUGUCCACCUCAAUCGACACCAUCGAGGAGAUUCAACGUUCGAAGGGCGAUGACUUUGGUCCCAUCCUCUCACUCCUGCGAGAGAUCAGCGCGCGCGGGCAGAGGCCGCACCUGGUUCCUCAUGUCACUGCCGAACCACCCUUCUUUCCUCAACGCCAAACACUAUACAUCAAGAUUACAAACCUCAUCUGGCUUCUCGCUGAGCUUAUACAGAAAGAUUGGGAGGUGUGUUAUGAGAUUAUCGCAUCGUCGUCGCUCGCGACAACUGUUACUGAUGCUUCGAAGCAUCGUGCUCUUUGGCUACAAACAGUCGAUGCGGUAUACAGAUUGUACAGCUACAGAGUCUUUGGUGUCGUCGGAUUUCAGGGCCGUUAUGAGCGCAAGCCAGAGCAAGCUUCAGAUUUCGCGCGAUACAUGAAACCUGUCAACUACCUGGCACACCACAUGUAUGUGCGAUGCAUGAGCAACGCGACUGCGGGAAUACCCGACGAGGUUGCUCAGUUUCUAUGGCGCCAGCUCCGUCAUGUCCUAACUCAUCGCCUGUGA